ACUGAACUACUGUAGUGAUAUAUCUGAACACAUGAUAGAGGCGUACUAUAAACUCCUUGCAUCGACAGACAAUUAUAAUGAUAAUUUCGACUUAUACCAUCGAUUGGUCUUGGCAAGACUGCUAUUUAUAGGUAUUUUAAGGUUCCUGUUUCCUGAUCGUCUAAUACAUCAACCUAUGAGUGCUGUAAUUGGGGGUCAUACUGCCCUAUAGUUCGUUGAUAUCGCAUCAUACAUAUCAGUCUCUCUAAUGAAGGAUACAUGUCUGCUACCUGGUCUAAGAUCCACAAUGACACGCUGAUACUUCUACAUGGGCUACACUUCGAAUACACAAUUGUGAUUGUAACCACAGAUGAACACAUGAACUUGAGGACGAUCGAACAACAUCCUUUCGACAAGAUCCCAGCGUUCCACACCAGCCAUCAAUGUGGAAGGCCACAAGCUGACAUUCCCUAAUGAUCAAAGAAAUCAUAGCUGUACUUGGAACGACUGUCUAGUUUUCUGGUCAAUUGCUUUGGGACGGAUCGCUUGGCAAUUUUUGAGACACAAGGAACGAUGCCAUUGUCAUUUCUAAAGAUUACGAAACUAGAUGAUACACACCUCUUAAUUCAUUUUGAAACAAGACCAGUUUUUGAAAGGUAAUAUCAAUUUAAAAAAAAACAGCCUGAGCUUUGACGCGUUCACCCAUCUGAUGACACAGUGGAUGAUUGCAAUGGAGAGCAUUGUAAUAUUGUGGAUCUGCUGUAUGCUAGCAUCUUCAUUAACGAUGGAUUCCAUUGGACACACUGGAGUCGAUGCUGCAGAUUUAAGAGGGGUACCGUGUCAUUAUGAUAUUACCAGCGAAGGAUUGAAAGCCACUUGUUCACACCGCUAUCUGACAGCGGUACCUACUAACCUCACUCAUGAUAUCACCGUGUUAGAUCUCACUCAAAACCAACUGAACAAAUUGGACAACACAUCUUUCACGAGCCUUCCACAUUUGAGGUACCUAUAUCUUCAGUCGAACAAUAUGAGUACCAUCGAGUCGGGUGCGUUCCAAUCUUUGCCUGAGCUUUAUUUGAUAUCGCUUUUAAAUAACAAUUUCACAUCUCUGCCAACUAAUAUUUUCUCCAAGAAUCAAAAGCUGCAAAUUGUUGAUCUCACAGCAAAUCAAUUUGUUAGUUUCCCUGGAAACGCAUUGGAUUCUGUGUCUUCGUUGACUCAACUGCGCUUUGAUGAGAACUUUUUGUCAAGACUAAACUUUACAGGAUGGAGAAGCAGAAACAUGACUUCGUUUGUAUUAAAUGACAAUCGUUUCUCUUCCUUUCAUGAAGACGAUUUCCUUCCCCUCAAGGAGACAAGAAUUGACCAGAUAUCAUUCACCAAGAACAACCUCACCUCACUACAGAAUGGUUUGUUCCAACAUCUUGAGGGCGUGCGAGAGAUGAGCCUAACGAGCAAUCAUAUCCAUAAUUUUAGCCUCCAUUCAUUUCUGGGAAUGUCCUCUUUAGAAACUCUAUAUGUGGAUACAAACGUGAUAUUAGCAAUUAAACCGCUAGCCCCUCUACUAAAUCAGACAAAUGUGAUGCCUAACUUGACCUAUCUGGACUUACAGGGCAAUCGUAUCCCUUCAAUUCCCCCUCGUGCUUUCUGGGGUUUGGGCAAUCUUAUCAGACUUGAUAUACACCAGAGUCGCAUAAAAACUUUGCAAAAUGAUACAUUUCAAGGACUCGAGUCACUGGAAAUUCUUGACUUGACGGGAAACCAUCUCUCCUAUGUCACCAAAGAUAUGUUUGUAUUUAGCCCGCGACUUCAAUCCUUGAUACUAUCGAGUAAUUGGUUCACGGAGCUGAGUCCAAAGCAGAUUGGUGAUAUAGCAUCACUAACCUCUCUUAAUUUAGCAAGGUGCGGAAUAACUGAUUUCAGAACACAGAGCAGGGGAUGGAAUCUGCGAAAUUUAAAAUCCCUGGAUAUAUCGUAUAACCGACUUGUGCGUAUUGACAAGAACUCCUUUUAUGGAAUGCCCAACCUCACAACUCUCGAUAUAUCCAACAACCGAUUAUUAACAACAAUUGAAAAUGGAGCUUUUGCAUCAAUUGGCCGUCUUCAGAGUCUGAGUUUGUCACAUUUGUCUUAUUUGGGUCAGUUGCAUAGUCCGUUCACGAAUCUGAAUGAGCUUACAAUACUGGACAUGUCCUAUACGUCAGUCGCAUUGUCGUAUGAACUCUUUACAGGGUUGUCCAAUCUUAGGAGAUUGAGUAUGCGGGGAUCAGGGCUAACAGCUUCCAGCUUCUGGGACUCCCAUACGGAAGAUCUUCCGGUGCUGUCUGCUCUUCCAACGUUAGAACGUCUCUAUCUCAAAGGGAACAAACUGGACAGGCUAAAACCGGGAACAUUUCAAGGUCUCCAAAACCUACAUAAUCUUGAAAUGGAUAAUUCUGAUAUCACGUCCCUAAAUGAGGACGUUUUCCUGAAUCUGACAUCGUUAGAGUACCUUUUCAUUGAUGAAAAUCACAUCGCAGAACUGACAUCUCGACACCUGACCGAUCUCAGCUCGUUAGUCGGAGUGCAUAUAAAAAGCAACGAGAUCAAAGGCUUAGCUUCAGACGUUUUCUCAAAUAACCCACACCUGUCAUAUUUGUAUAUAUCCCACAACCAUCUGACCACUGUCAAAGAGGGUACAGUUCUACCUAGACAAACACUGGAUGUCUCUAACAAUCCUUUCAGUUGUAACUGUGAGUUAACAUGGUUUAUAAAUUGGAUUAACAAAGCCGAAGUAUCUAUCAUCCAUCCUGACCAAACGAACUGUUCAUCUGUUUCUCUAGCACCCUUUAAGAAUCAGCCCAUUCUUGCAUUUGAUCCCACCGAGGUCUGUGGACCUAAAGUCUGGGUCUACAUCAUCACGAUCUUUGUCAUUGUCACCUGUAUCAUGGUCUGUGUUGUUGCUUAUCAAAGGAGAUGGUUGAUCAAUUACAAAUUAUUCCAUCUGAAAUUAGUAUUUCUUGGCAGACGGGACGACCACGACGGACGAGAGAGGCUCGAUUACGAGUACGACAUCAACCUUGCUUUCGACGACGAUGAUGAACAGUGGGUAAGGGGAAUAUUGAAACCAGGACUCGAAGAACGACUACCUGAUUUCAACAGGAUCGUGUGCGGAGAUGACGACCUUCCGCUUGGAAUGUACUACAUUGAGGCCAUCACCGAAGUCGUCGAGCAAAGUUAUAAAAGCAUCUUGAUCGUGAGCAAUAGAGCCGUAGAAAAUCACUCGUUCAUCAGCAAACUCCGUCUCGCGGUUGACCAAAUGAAUGAGGUCGAGCUAGAAAAGGUAAUUUUGAUAUUCAAGGAAGACAUUCCUGAUGGGCGUUUACCUUAUCUUGUAAGGCUCUUCCUCAGUAAGAACAAACCGUAUUUUCGAUGGUCAAAAGAUAAAUAUGGAAAAAAAAUCAUGUGGGAGAAUCUAGUUCGGGAGCUAGGAUAUAACAAGAAAAUGAAUGAUAUAUUACCUAUCUGAAUGUGGUUUGGAAUGUCGUAUACAUUCGUGUUGUUAUUUUGCGUUUAAUUAAAUUUUACUGUUUAAGUCUGCAUGUAAGGUUCAUCAGAAGUGGGUUUUUUCUUAUCUUUUCAUUUUUACAGCAAAGAACUGAUGGGAGAUAUCAACUGAAAAGUAGAACUACACAUAUUUAUGCCCAUGCUAUUUCCAAGAGAAAUGAUAAUGUGUUAUUUAGCUUCCAGGCUGAGGUGCAAAUUUCUGACUUAAAGUAAGAUUAUUGUCAAGGCCUUGCUCACACUUGAUUAUCUUACAAGGUCUCCCCUUUCCAAAGAGGUGCAUAACCUUCUGUAACCCUAUUCUUUAUUUAUUUAUAAUAUUUGAAACCUCCGCCUGGUUUAUGUAUAUCGUAGACAAACUUAGGCAUUCAGCAAAAAGAAUAGAUUACAGAAAAGAAUUAAAGGAAGAAAGAAAAAGGAGGGAAUGAAAUCAUGAAGAAGGGUAUUCUUGAUCCCAAAGAAACUAACGGAGAAUGACGAGAAAUAGAGGGAAAUGUGCGUGUGUGCUGUGUAUGAGUGCUAAGAAAGAAAUAAAGGGAUAGAGAGAGAGAGAGAGAGAGAGGAAAAGGAUAUUUAGGUUGAAGGGAGACUAGAAAUAGACAUAGGUUUAC